CCCACCGUCUGACUUGGACGUCACUGUAAAUAUAACAUCGAAUAUGUCGAGGACACUAAUGUGCUACAAGAGCUUUACAUUUGGACUCUUGAAAAGCGGCGCUAAUUCCUAUCUAUUUCGACAACACCCAAGUAGACAUGCUAAUCUCAGACGGCUGCUUUCCAGCAUACAGCCAGACCCAGGGGAGAAUGUCCAACCACUGGAGGGCAUCAAAGUCUUAGACCUUACAAGGGUCCUGGCUGGCCCUUUUGCCACAAUGAUACUGGGAGACCUGGGGGCUGAGAUCAUCAAAGUUGAGAGACCAGGUGCUGGGGAUGACACUAGAUCAUGGGGACCUCCAUUUGUUGGUAACGAGAGUGCCUAUUUUCUCAGCGUCAACAGAAACAAAAAGAGUAUCGCGGUAAAUCUCAAAGACCCAAAAGGAGCCAAAAUAAUCUUAGAGCUUGCAGGGAUGUGUGAUGUCCUUGUGGAAAACUAUCUACCUGGGAAGCUUGAAAAGAUGGGCCUUGGUUUCAAAGAGGUACACAAAGCGGCUCCUGGACUGGUCUAUUGUUCUAUAACAGGGUAUGGACAGACUGGCCCGAUGUCCGAGCUACCAGGGUAUGACUCGAUUGCCUCUGCUGUCUCUGGCAUGAUGCACAUCACUGGACCUGAGGAUGGGGACCCAGUCAGGCCGGGCGUAGCAAUGACGGACCUGGCCACGGGACUCUACACCCAUGGAGCCAUCAUGGCCGCUCUGCUGCAAAGACACAGGACCGGGAGGGGAGUUCAUAUUGACUGUAACCUGCUUUCCAGCCAGGUGGCUUGUCUCACACACAUUGCUGCAAAUUACCUCAACUCUGGAAAGGAGGCCAAGAGAUGGGGAACAGCCCAUGAGAGCAUCGUCCCAUAUCAGGGUUUCAAAACUAAAGAUGGCUACCUGGUUGUGGCUGCGGGCAACGAUAAGCAGUUUGUCAAAGUGUGCAAAGUGCUGGGUCUGAAUCAUCUGUCUGAGGAGCCCAAGUAUAAAAGCAACACGCUCCGAGUUCAGCACCGCCAAGAGCUGCUUCACAUCCUCUCCCAGAGGUUAUUGGAAGAGGAGACUGUUGAGUGGCUGAGAAGGUUCGAGGGGACAGGAGUGCCCUGCGGGCCCAUCAACAGCAUCCAACAGGUGUUCUCCGAACCACAGCUGGUCGUUUGCCAGCCUGGAUCUCCAUCUAGCUGUUCGUUGAGAUGUCCUCAGAGAGCAGACCGAGGCUGUGGCUUUCCCAGGCUGCCCCAAGGCUUCUUUGUCGCAGCACGGUGACCGCGGCCCCCCCAGACAAUGCCCCGGAACCUUUACCGCCACAACAAAGAGGCCUUUGAAAUGCUGCUCCGCCGAUUUGACUCCGCCGAUCCGAACCCCAGGGGAAGUGGCCGUGGCGGUUUCACAGGCUGUUGUGUAAUACCACGCUUUGCCAGAGAGUGCACGUGUGCCAGACACCCAGGCAAGAGGCCAACUGAGAAGAAAACAGCAUGUGUCUCUGUGGCUAAUGUAUAAACACAGAACUACAGCAUCACCACAGGGUGACAUGCUGAUGUCUGCACACCUGAUUGACCGAUGACACAAAUAAAUAAUGCCUGCAUGAUUACCUGUUUUGUGAUUUAGAAGCUUCUGUAUUGCCCUCGUGAACAGCAUGCAAAGAUUCCCUGGGUGGAUUGUGUCUCCCAUUAUGCACCACCUAGUUAGCCUGUGACUUACCUCGAUAUAAAGCUUUGAAUAAGCUUCUUCCUCUUCUCCUAAAUAUGCCUGUAUUACUUUGACAAAGCUUUUCAGGUGCAUUUUCCUAUACUUUUGAGUCAUUUAUUUAUGAUGCUUGCAUCAGUUGUAUGCUGAAUAUGAAUAUGUUCAUUUUCACCAAUCAUUGUCCCCAAUCAAUUGUAGUAAACAAAAUAACUGGGCUUAUUUGGCUUCAGAUCAAAGCCGAAUGUAAGGCACAUGGAGCAAUAUUCAUACAUCGUUAAGAGUGUGGAGGAUAUGAGUUGCGAGCAGAGAACUUCACUUGUGAGGAAAAAUCCAGUGCCACGGUAGGAGAAAUCACUAUAUUGCACGCACAACCUGAGUAUAGCUCAGAAAUUGCAAGUCUGAUAUUUAGCAAGUUUUAAAGGGGCACUGUUUAGAAACCUGCCUAUAACAUUGGCAAGAUGUUUGAAUUUAAACAAUGACACAACCUCCUCUUCCCUUACCAAACCCAAAACAAAACAGCAUUAUAUAGGUACAACAGUAUUACAUUGUUUAGCGUGGGGGGAUCAUACUGGAAGUGUUUAAAGCAGGUAUGAGGAGAUUAUAGGUCACUGCAAACUGAUAGACUGACCGAUGAGAAAGUGGAAUAUCUCAGUCACAUCAAACUAUUUUUUUUAACUUAAAACAUUAUCUUCUGGUAAUUUAUGCUUGUAUUCCUUCCAUAAUAAAAGUAUUAAUA